AAUUAGUCCUUAAUUUUCAUUUUUUAAAACAAAUUUCUUUCCGAGUUUUAGUUUCGGCCACCUUCGACGCGCCAAAACCGCCAAAACCUGCUUCAACGCGCCACCUUUCUCCUCAAUUUCCACAGCGCAGAAAUUUCUCUCUUCCCUUCGCCUCUUCUCUCUCUCUCUUUCUCUAUAUAUAUCCGUCUUCCGAACUCCUUUCUCUCGUUCUCUAUGUGUGUGAGAGUAGGCAUACGCACCCCUCCCGCUCCUCCCUCAUGAACUCCAUUCCCUGCACCUCCCCUCUUCCAUUCAUCACCACCGCCCGUUGUCACCACGUCGCCGCCGCCUCGCCCUCGAUGAAGGGCAACGACGCUGAGCUGGCCAUGGAGAUCACCGUCAUCUCCGCCCAGGGCCUCAAAAACCCCUCCUCCCCUCUCCUCCCCGGCCGCCGCCUCCGCCCUUACGCCGCCCUCUUCUAUUCCCCCGACUGCGACCGCCUCCCCUCCUCCCUCCACCGCACGCGCGUCGACGAACACGGUGCCCAUAACCCCGACUGGGGCGACACGGUCCGCCUGCCGCUGGACUCUUCAUUCUCAAGCGUGGAAACGUCCGCCGCCGCCGGUUGCGGCGGAGAGGACGGAGCCGCGGUCUACAUCGUCGUCCUCUCGAAGCAGACCCUCGGCGGCCCCGCGCGACUCGGGUGGUGCCGGAUCCCUCCCGCCGACAUCCUCGACGGUUUCCGGCCGCCUUCAGAUCUGCGCCGCCUCAGCUACGCCCUCCGCUCCCCUCGCCACGGCGGUCGCGGCCACGGGGUCAUCCACGUGACCGUCCGGCUCCUGGGCCGCGGCGUGGACCGCCUCCCGUCGCCGCCCCGGCCAGGGAAGCCAAUGGAGGAGCCCGGCUGGUGUCGGGUGGCGAUCGGGAUCCCAGUGGCGGUGCCCGCGGCGGCGUUCCCGCCGCCGAGGUGGACCUAUUCUGGCGGCCCUGACUGCGUCCAAGGUGACCGUUUCGCCGAAAGCGAACGCCGCAGGGGUGGGCCCGUGCCGACGGCGUUGACCGUGUCCCGGGUAGCCGCUUCUCCGAAGGACGCGUGGGUUCUGGUGUCCGCUUUGACUUCGUCAGGAAAGGCUUAGAGGAUAAAGCCAAUCGUUACCAACAAUUUCCCACCUGCCCGACAUACCUGCCUUAUAAUUGGAGGAAGCGGCGGGGAACCAAAUGGGACUCACCUAACCGACGCCACAACGACGAUGUAAAGGCCUCGUUGGUGCCUAAAAAACUGGUGUCUGAUAUUAAAUGCUGCAAGUGAACGUAUGACAAAUUUGGAUUGAAA